UCCCCCACCUCCAGCUGAUGUAAUAAUCUAAAACAAUGGAGUAUAACACUAAUCGAUGAAGGAAAAUAUGUUCAAUCCGAUUUUUUCUUCUUCUUCUUCUUACGUUUGCAGAUCUGUUAUUUAUUUAUUUUGUCUUGGGGUGGGAAAAAAAAAAUUAAAAACAAGAACGUCACGCACACAUGCGCAUAUAGGGUGCCACACUGACGCAUCGUUUAUUGUAUAGUCAACUGUUUUCUUCUUCUUCUUCUCCUUCUUCCUCCCUCUCCUCGCCGGGCGCAGGCAUGCCUGUAGCAGAUAAUUGUUUUUACCGCAUUCAACAGUCCUUCCAGAACGAAGAGGGUUGAAAGUCGGGGCUGAGACGGCGGAGGCUCUCCGCGCAAAAAAAAAAAAAGAAAAAAAACCUGGAGCCGGAUCCCGCCAAAGUAACGCGACUCCCUCUCCUUUUUUUCCCCUUCUUUUUUUUUAUUUUUUAUGAGGACGAGGUCGGGGUAGUGUAGUUUGAGGCGCUCAAGUGAGGCAUCACGAUCCUAAUGUGAAAUCCCCCCUCUUUUUUUUUCUUCUUCUUCUUUUUUGGCGAUGCCAAGUUGGACACUUGUGCCAUGGAGCUGCAAGCGUUAACAGAGAUAAUGCGCAGCCCCGUUUGGUGGCAGAGACAUCUUCAUGUGCAUCUGGAAGGGAAAUAUCUAAAAAUCUUUUUCGUGUUUUAAAACAUCCUGUGUGUGGAUUGAUUUUUUUUUUCGCCCGCUUGCUCUCUCUUCUCAGCAUUCCCUCAGUCAGUCGACGGAUUUUUGCCAUUACAGCUCAGUAGAGGGUGUCAGAUCUUUCUCAGAGCACCGCGCUAGGAUGAACACGGUCUCCGCGUUCCGCUUUGCUUUUUUCCCUUUUUGUAAUUCGCCGCUGUAAACAAAAAGAAUUUAAAAGAUAUAAUAACACUACUAAUAAAGGGCAAAGAAAGGCGAAGGAGACGAGACGCCGAUGGAUGCGAGGGGGGGACGCGAGUGUGCGGGAUCGCCUGUGAGGCUCCAGCGCGACGUGUGAAUUCAGCACCAGGGGAGAGGGGACAGCUCCCGACGCCGCAACACGCAGCACGACUCGGGGAGAAAAAGACACGGAUUUGCUCGUUUUCUCCCCCCACCAUUUUGCCAAGGUCAGUCGCGAACGAACUGCCGAAAGAUGCGUUGGACUGCGCUGCCGCUGCCGCUGUCGGACUUUGUUGAUUUUCACGAACCGUGAGGAUUCGGCCGGGGAAUUUUUUUUUUUCCUUUUCUUUUUUUCCCUUUUUUUUUUUUUUUUUUUUUUGCUCAAAGUCCGGACGCAAGAGCAGGUUAGACGCAGCAUGGAUCUGUUAUAAAAGACUGCCUUAUCUUUCUCCCCCUCCUCCUAAAUGUCUGUAUCUCCCCCUUUCUUCGUGCUGGUGCAGACUGAAUUCGCAGCUCGUAUGUCUUGAAACCGGGAAUGAAUCGUCCACGUUGAAAAAUGCUGCUUUGGAUUGUUCUGCUGAAUGCGGCUCUUUGUGUUGCCAGUGGAAAUGUUACAAGGGACGUUUGUAAGGAGAAGAUAUGCUCCUGCAACGAUGUAGAGGGGGAUCUGCACAUAGACUGCGAAAAAAGGAGCUUCACCACUCUGCAGCAUUUGACCGGCCCCAGCUCGCAGUUCUAUCACCUGCUGUUGCACGGGAAUUCUCUGUCCAGGCUGUUUCCCAACGAGUUCGCCAACUUUUACAACGCCGUGAGUCUGCAUUUGGAGAACAACGGCUUGCACGACAUCGUCCCCGGCGCCUUCUUGGGGCUGCAGCUCGUGAAACGGCUGCACAUCAAUAACAAUAAGAUACGAUCAUUCCGGAAGAGUACGUUCCUGGGGUUAGACGACUUGGAGUACCUCCAGGCCGAUUUCAAUCUAUUGAGGGAUAUUGACCCCGCCGUUUUCAGGGACCUAAAUAAACUUGAAGUGUUGAUACUUAACGACAACCUCAUCAGCGCGCUACCUAUAAACGUGUUUCAACAUGUGCCCAUCACGCAUCUCGACCUGCGGGGGAACCGAAUCAAAACGUUGCCUUACGAGGGGAUCCUCGAACAAAUACCGGGCAUAGCGGAGGUUUUGUUGGAGGACAACCCCUGGGACUGUAACUGCGACCUGGUUUCUCUGAAGGAAUGGCUGGAGAACAUACCGCGUAACGCGCUCAUCGGGAGGGUGAUCUGCGAGGCUCCCACCAGGCUGCAGGGGAGCGACUUGAACGAGACGUCUGAAGCGGAGCUGUGCCCUUCACAGAGCGGCGGCGUGGAUACCAGCCUGGUCGCCCCUCCCACCCAGGAGGAGACCUCGGAGCCGCGCGGCCCUCGCCCCACGCCUUACAAGCCCGUGAGCCGCGACGCCAGCGGGCCCCCGACGCCCGGCGGCCACGGCUCCAAGGGCCACUCGUCCAAGUCUCGCGAGAACUGGCAGCUGAAGACCAGGCCCACUCCGGUGGUGACAGGUGCGAGCGGGGACAGGGAGCAGCUGCACAACGUGACGUGCCCGCAGCCGUGCAACUGCAAGCUGGUCGGCUCCAGACAGGGGCUGGGGGUCAACUGCGAGGGCAAAAAGAUCGAGAGCCUGGGCAACCUCAAGCCCAAGCCCCUGGCCGCGCACGAGCUCAACAUGCGAGACAACAACAUCCACGCGGUGAAGAAGAACCAGCUGCUGGGCUACUCGAGCCUCAACCUGCUCGACCUGGGCGGGAACAACAUCAAGGUGAUCGAGAACAGCACGUUCCAAAACCAGAGCGAGCUGAGGUGGCUGUACAUGGAUAAGAACUACCUGGAUACGCUGAUGGCAGAGAUGUUCGUGGGCCUCGUGAAUCUGGAAUAUCUCAGUUUGGAAUACAACGACAUCCAGCUGAUCGUGGCGGGCGCGUUCGGCCCCAUGCCGAACCUGAGGGUUCUGUUCCUCAACAACAACCUGCUCAAGUCUUUGCCCGUGGAUGCUUUCCUUGGGAUUUCUUUGUCCAAAAUUAGCCUGCAUAAUAAUUAUUUCCCCCACCUGCCCGUCGCUGGCGUGUUGGACCAGCUCAACUCAAUCAUACAGAUCGAUUUGCACGGGAACCCGUGGGAUUGCGCGUGCAACAUCGUGCCCUUCAAGCAGUGGACGGAGAAGCUGGGGGCCGACGUGAUCGUGGGCGACCUGAAGUGCGAGUCCCCCGAAGAGUUCUGGAAGCGCGAUUUCCGCUACGUCCGGAACGACCUCAUGUGCCCCCAGCUCUACGACAGAACCCCCCCUACCCCGCUGUCCAAGAACAGCACCUUCGCCCUGGACUCGGGGACGCGCUCAAACUCUUAUCUGGAGCCGAACAGGGUCUCCAUCUCGGUGCUCGUGCCCGGGCUGCUGCUGGUGUUCGUCACGUCCGCCUUCACCGUGGUGGGGAUGCUGGUGUUUAUUUUGCGGAACCGAAAGAGGUCGAAGCGGAGGGACGGCAACUCGUCGGCCUCGGAGAUCAAUUCCUUACAGACGGUGUGCGACUCGUCUUACUGGCACAGCGGGCCUUACCACGCAGACGGGGGCGCGCACCGGGGCUUCGACUGCAGCACGCACCUCUCCACGACAAACGAUGCGUAAAAGGCACUCUGCUAUCACUCAAACACAAUAAAGCCUCCACCAGACUUGGAUUACAAACAUUCACGCGGUCAGAGACACACAACGAAUAAACAAAAACUGCAAGAAUCACCUGCUUUUUUCUUAAUUUUUUUCUUUUUUUUUGGGCUCGUCACAGGCGAACACAAACUUGUUUAUGUCUUGUUUGAACCAACUCUGCUGCUGCACAGGCCCCGACUCUGUAAUAUAUGUAUAUGCCAAUCUUAAAAAAAAAAAAGGAAAAAAAAAUCCCUCCCUCCCUCCUCCUCCUCCUCCUCCUCGGAGUUUGCCGCAAUCGGACUACGGAUCUGUGUGAGACAGAAAAGAGGGAGGAAAAAAGGAGGGGAGAGAGGGCGUGUGUGUGUGAGAGAGAGAGAGAGAGCGAGCGAGAGAAAGCAAGAGGACCAUGGGAAUGGUGCACGAACGCAUGAAUGUAAAUGUAAAUACUUGGACCGAUGUAUCAUAAUCUGCAUGAUGAUAUUUCGCAUGGUUUCAACACACACACACAAAACGGAACCAUAACCACCAUAACCAAGAAAGAAGCAAACCCUUUUCAUGUUCUGUCAAUAUGACGACUAUAUAUAGAUAUUAAGAAUUAUAUAUGACUAUUACAAAGUGCCAUUUCUCUAUUUUUUGUGAACCUGCAGUUAGGAUUUGUAUUUGUUGUUUUAAAACUUGUUUGGAGACAAAAAAAAAAAGCGAAAAAUCUGAUGAUGACGACGACGACGACUAUCGGGGGGAGGGGGAGAAAGGGAGAGACGGAGGUGAAGCUGUCAGUUGCAUGUUCUUUUUUCUGUUCGUUCUCAUUUUUGAUUGUCGAUAAAUAUUUGGGGUUAUUUAUACUAGAAGGCGCGGGCCCUGGGAGCCCUGCGCUCUCGUCACCAUCAUCUCCUUUAUGAAUGUAAACUGUGUUACUUUAUGGUGUGCCAAUUGUUCAGAUAUCCAGACGCGCAGAUGAGCAUGACCAAUUAACGUCACUCAGAUGCUUAUGCUGCAGAGUUAAUGUAGCUGAAAAAUAACAGUUCAGUGGAUUUCUUUUUCUCUUUUUUUUUCUCUUCUUUGAGUGUGUGUGUGUCAAUGAAUAUAGCCUGCUUUUGGGGAUGAGAGGAGGAUGAUGAAAAAAAAAAACAACAACACAGGAAUCAUUUCAAUGGGGGGUUUAUACCAUCAUAUUUUUUCAACAACUUGAGCAAAAGAGGUGUUUUCAAUCGUAAUUCGAUUCAUGUAAACAAGGUAGACCGAUAAUAGACUAGAAUGCUUUUUUUAGUGUCAGAAAAAAGAAGUGUUCCUCCACACACACACAGGAAAAAAAAAAGCGUAUGGCUAUGAUUCACUUUCAUCAUAUUGUGAGCUUUUGUAAAGCCAUCUAAUCUUGUCCAAAUAAGAGAACUGAAACUCACUGUAUUUACAAAAUGUGCUUGAAAUAGGCUGUUUUUUGUUUGGUUGUUGUAUUAAUAUUCUUUUUUAUUUUGUUUCUGUUGGUGGGCGGUGAGGAGAAGCGGCGCCCUCGUUGUUAAUGGGGGAGGAAGGUGUCAGGUGACGCGAGAGGCCUUUUUUCAAAUCAGCAUUUUGAACUGGAGAUGCUCUUCUCACGGAGGGGAUCGCAUCUUUUUUCCUUUUUUUCCCCCCUCGGGCUCAUGACAAAACGACACCAUGACUGAAUAUCUGUUUUUGUAAUACUCACCUGUCAAAGAGGUUUGUGGGUUGGGGUGGGGGAGGGGAGGGGAGGGGGGGCUCGCAGCUUUGGCCUACUCUGCUUUAACAGGAUUUGGGAGGAAAAGAAGCAUUAAAAAGGUUGUGACGUAUUCUCAGUUUUUCUACAAAUGUCUCUUUACCUGUGGAACACAUGCGAGGAAUGUGCAUUUUCUUUGUGCUUUUAUUCUGAAAUUCCAGUGCUGACAUUUGCCAAUUGAUUUUUCUUGUGCGGAAACUCGGACGCCUAACUCGCACGCAGUUUCAGCAUAAUUCGGCGGUCGACGCGUCACGGCCGGGAUGCGUGUUAGGAGCCGAUGCGAGAUGGGCCCGCGUCCCCCUCCCACCCCAAACCUCCCCCCUCCUCUGUCUCUCUCGCUAGUGUCUCCCUCAGUAUGCGGGCUAGCGCUGUCCAUGGUGCUGAUUCACUCCCCCCCUGCUUUCCGCCCGCCCCUCCUCACACAUGCCCGCGUUUGUGCCUUGCCGGCACGUGUGCGUGAGGACGGAAAGGUCCCCCACCCCUCUAACCACGCAGUCCCCCUCUUUUCCCCCAAACAUGUGACCACGUGCAGCCUGACCUUGGGGACUAACAUGUCAGCACAUCUGUGACAAACGCUCACCAUCCUCCUCCUCUUAUUUUUUAUUUUUUUGGCAAGUCACCCCCCCCCCCCCACCGGCCCCGUCACCGGCUCACGUCCCCUUCCUUUUCCCAUCCAAUCACAGGGGAGGGUUUCGGGGUUAACUAUGUGUCUCUUCUAUGGAGUAUUACUGUGCCACAGCCCACUGAUGAGUUGUCAUUAUUUUCAAACGCUGUGUUUCAAAGUUACAUUUAUAUGCUUUGCGAUAUUUGACCUGCUUCUAUUUUGUUAAAUAAAGUGUGGUUGAGGUUGAGUAAAAAAACAAAAAAAAAAAACAAACACUUUUUUGGGUCGGGUUUGACUGAGCUGACGUCACGACACGAGUGACAAAAUCCCAUCCGCUAUCUGCUCACACUGUUGUGCGUAUGCAUCCUGAAGGUAAACACUAAGCCGAGGUACACUACCUGACUCCUUUGUUCAGAGCGUGGAAGCUUUUAUUGUUGUCAGGUGAUGUUAUCAGGAUUCAAUCAGAGCAAAUGACACAUUUUGCCGGUUGUGUCUUUGAGAGCUCGACUUAAAAUUCAAGAGAAACUAAAUAUAAAACUCAUCCGCGUGCUUUGUAUUUGGUUUUCUUUACGACUCGGAAGAGCUGAUAUCGGGCUCACUUCAGCUUCUAUUAUCUGCUGUAUAAAUACACAGACUGCUCUUACAUUUAAUGGAAAAUGCAAAUGCCAUGCGCCGUGUGGCCGAGUGGUAUGUUUUAUAUAAUGCCGGAUAUUAGAUCUUCAGCGACAUUACACGCCGUCUCCGUGAAUAGAUUAGAGGCUGCCAGGUGUUGCCGCGCUCUUGCGCGACUUGGUGAACAACAGUAGGACCCAUUCAUUAAUGCAAUGGAUAAUAGCUGCUGGAAACACAGCAGCUAGCGGAGUAGCCUCUUUUGCACGCUGGGCACACAGCGCUCUGACGCUGUUGUGGCCCAGCGGGCCUGCCGUAGUCCGUGUGACAUUCCCCCCGAGGAGCUGGCAGUUGAUGCAACACUUCCAGCAGGGAUAACAUCAUCCGCACACCUCGUAACGUUCGGCUUUGGUGGAAGUCUCCACGGCCUUUGGUUAGAAGCAGGGCCAUUUAGUCCUGAGGGGAUGGGGAAUAUUUGGUGCAUGUGUUUUCUAUUUGGAUGCUGUGUCUUUUUACUUUAUUUAUUUAUUUAUUUAUUUAUUUAUUGCUUCAGGGUUAUUGCGCUGGAAAAGAAGUGUGUACCUCUGGCUGCUUACUCAUCAGCUGAAUUCCCAUUACAGCUUCAACCCGCACUUCUAGUGUGAUUUGUUUCUGCGCUACUUCAGCCACAUCUGAUUUGUUUUGUGGGGUUUUGUGUUGCAUUUUUAUUUCUCCUUUUGGGUGGGUGGAAGGAAACACGGGAGAUUAUUCUUUUUGGGCGCUAGUGGCAGCAUUUGAAACCAACCGGAAAAGCAAUCAGACCUUGUCGUUUGGAAUAUUUGUGCAAUUCGAGCAAUGAUGAGAUGUUAAAAACCAUUGUUUCCUUUAAAUGAAGCGUCUCCGGUUGGCUUUUGUCUGCCUCCCAUCGGUCAGAUUCAGUGUGUCGGCUCUUGUUUGGAUUUUGUAAAAAUCCCCCGAAGACUUUAAGCUGGGGUAUUAGCUUUUGAAGUUUGCUUUGAUGGAAGUCCCAUGUGUUGCACUGAAGACUUGCCAGUAGUCUUGCACUCCCAAACUCUGCAGCCGCUGCAACCCUUGCUGCCGGUAUUAGCCCACGGUGCGCGUGUGUGGGUGUGUGUACGCGUAGUUAUCUGGCAUCAUCCCCAGGGAUUUGUUGGUGUUACUCCCAGAAUUUAUUAUUCUUAUUAGCCCAUCCAUUGCGAAAGCACUCGGCCUAUAAGUCUCAGCGGUUGGGUUUUAUUAGCGGUUCUGCUCAUUGCGAGCACCAACGGUUACGGAACGGCCUCCGUUCUGUAAUGCUGUGCUUGGUGAUUGAGUUUGAAUGCAUCAGAGUGUUACAAGUGUUACACACUACGUGGGCUAUAAACUCAUGUAAUCGUUGUGUUUCUGAAUACGCAUUUCAGUAUGCAAACACAUCCUUAAAAACACGCGUCAACCAAAUCUUGGGCGAGAACGUGUUUGUGCUGACCGGAGUUUUGCCGGCAGCCACGGUCAAUACAGUGUUUCAGUGUAGUCAUUUUCACAUUGGUCUUUUCUUGCCGUGCAUUUGGCUUUGCGUCAACUCAGCUAGACUCGAGGCGGGGUGGAGCAUUAGAUCGCGGUCUGGCUGCGCCAACAGCAGAGGCAGCGAAAGACAAAACUCCAGCAGAAGUUGCAGACUUUCCAAGCGCCGAGCGGUUCAAACGUGGGCAGAUAAAUCAAUUGAACCACAACUAGUUCAAAUAUUCCCAAUCUUGCUCACGCUCUCAUAUCUGCCAGACAGACUAUUGAGCAAACACAGAGAGUAAUUAAAACAGAUCCCCGCUCGUAAUUGGCCGAGAUCUGGUGUUGAACCCGCUGCACGCCGGCCUGCGUCAAACCGCCGAGCGAGGCCUUUAAUCAAGAUGAGUGAGCGGCCCGCUGAGGGUUUCCUCCCUCUCUAAGUAAUCCUCUUCCCCCAGCUCCCACUUAUCGAUUAGAGCAUUGAUUUGAUUUAGCAGCCACACGCGCACCCAUCCCUCACUGGCAUUUCUAGAAUUAUGUGGCUUUACGUUAUCUGAUUACGCUGCUCAAACGGGAGCUACGGCAAAAUCUUUGUUUGCUUGUUUGUUUGCAGUCAUAAAGCGAAGACACGUGCAAUUUGUUCAGGGACUUUCACACAGACCCCUCUACAUAACCUCGUUUUGUCAACACGCCUCACUGUUGUCACGUAAGUGGGCGUACGCACGGCACAGUCCCAUCAGAUCAGGACAGGUCUGCCUGUCAGACAACAUCUUGCAACUGGGCCAAACGGACGUAUUUGUGUAAGUAGGGCUCUCCGCUCUGACACGAUAAGUGGCAAUAAGGUGCUGUUGAUGUUACACAACGACGCUCCACAUAAAGCAUCGCUUUAUGGACCGGAGAGCUUUAACACAUGCUGAAGCAGCUUCUAGCCACUCUCUUUCUACUUCUAAAAACUCAAUUGAAAACCUCUAGUAACCUGCAACCUCCUGGCCAACCUGUCCCCUCUUCCAAUCCUUGGGUGUGAACAGCAGCUGAAUGAAAACCUCAGCUGAAGGAACACACUGCCGAAACCCGAAAGAGUUUCUUUAAAAACAUUCUCAGUGUAUUUCUCCGUUGUAUUUGCGCCGUUGCCAUGCUUGAAACCUCCCACAACAGAGACCAGGUGCUUAAUGAAAGCUAACAUCCGUGUGAGAUACCGGAGACAAAGCAUUUAAAACACUGUUGUACUCGGGCCCAUUUACCCAUUUUCCAUAAAAGCCCCCUUUCCCCUGAUUGGUCGUCUCCAACGUCAUGUUCGAGCCUAGAGCUGAGAGUGCUGCACCGGUGAAGAAGAACGCAAAGAUUUGAGAGCCGUUUAAUUGGAUGCUUAGUAUGUACACGCCUCGAGUGCAAGAUGAGUCAUCAACAUUUUUAGGUAGUUUAAAGUAGCAUUAAGAAUGCCUUCAAGUCCUUUUCAUUGGUUCACUGUUGGCUCAGACAUUUAAUAUAAAGAACUGAGCAUGCAGUUGUAUUUUAUGGAGGCUGUUGGGGUGAAAAAUGGGUUAUUUUUUUAGGAAUUGUAGCUCCAUAGAAUCCACUACUGUAUGAGCAAUGGUUCAAUCCCUCUGAAAUAUUUACAUUGUCACCGUAGCUUAUAAAAACCUGAUUGUUUUAGUAUGUAAGUGAUAACAGUGCUUGAACCUAAAGCAUCCCCUGAGACAAAAGGUCAUUCACGCACAAUUAAACAUGCAGCAUCACAUCCUGCUCUUAUUUGGGUCGGUGGUGUGGGAUGUCGAUAUAUUGAUUUGGGGAUUUUUGUGUUUAACUCACGAGCCGUUCUGAGGAAAAUCAGCUGAGUCAAUGUCGAUGUGCCGAGGAACGCCUUCGGCGUACUUUGAACAGGCCGUAAAUGUGACGUACAACUGAUCGAAGCCGUCUUGGAGGGAGUUCAGUAACCGGCGUACACUCUGAGAGGCCUUCAGACAACAACCGCUAAGGAUUCUUCUCUGCUGCUACACGAAAUACUACAACUGGAUGGGAUUCAUCACGUACAAAUGUCCGAGGAUCAUUUUCACCGCAGUGGUCAAUUAGGCUCUAAAGAGGAAUCCAAUAACACAAAUCCUAAUGGAUUGGGAUUUUGGAGGGUACGCAGAGCUAAUCUUGAGCCCCAAUCACAGACGUAGAGUGUGUAGAAAUCCAUUCUUUAGAUCCUAACCAGGUCACAGGCUCUGUUGUUAGAACACUUCCAGUCAUCGAGCUUUAGAAAAACACCCUUUCAAGCGGUCGGUAGCAGACCGGGUGAAGCCUCAACGACUUUGCCGAUAUUAGAGCUGAACUCCAAUACCCCUGAAAAUUCAAGCUGUAACAACUAAUAUCUGGUUUUACCCACAAAUGUAACCGUCACCACAAAGGGACAGUGAAUUGCCAAGCAGUGCAACCACAAAAUGAUGUGAAAUGAUUACCUGAAAGAUUAACAUUUAAAAUAAAAAAUAGAAAGUG